GGUCCUAAAUUUGAUCCGGUGCAGGAGGACAUAUAAACCCAGCAGUGACAUUUGGGCUAUUUAUGGGGCGGAAGGUUUCGUUGGUCAGAGCUGUACUGUACAUAGUGGCUCAGUGUUUGGGAGCCAUUUGUGGGUGUGGGCUGGUGAAGUCAUUAAAGAAGGCUAACUUUAAUGACCUCGGCGGUGGAGCCACCGAGCUCGCCGACGGUUUCAGUCCCGGCGCCGGCCUGGCCGCCGAGAUCAUCGGAACCUUCGUUCUUGUAUACACCAUCUUCUCUGCCACCGAUCCGAAGAGAAAAGCCAGAGAUUCCCACGUUCCUGUUCUAGCGCCGCUGCCAAUUGGGUUUGCCAUGUUCGUGGUGAAUUUGGCCACUAUUCCGGUCACCGGCGCCAGCAUUAACCCAGCUCGAAGCUUCGGCUCUGCAGUGAUGUUCAACAAACACAAAGCUUGGGAUAACCACUGGAUAUUCUGGGCCGGACCUUUCACCGGAACUGCAAUGGCUGCAAUUUACCAUGAAUUUGUUCUGAGAGGAGGAGCUGCGAAGACCUUGAGAUCCUUCCGGAGUUCCUCAAUUUAAUGGAUUUUCUUCUUCUUCUUCUUCUUCAAUAGUUCUUUGUCUGAUAGAAUCGCAAUUUUAAUUAUGUUGUUCAACUUGUAAAAUUUUGAUGGGUUUAGGGU